CUCUGACUCUGUGUCCGUCUCUAAACUCUAGUCUGUGCGAAUCUGCUGCCAGCAGCGAGGAACAGAACAGUAGCCAAUUUGCCAUCUCACAGUUGCGUUCCUCCGAUUCCCCGUCCCCCGAUGGACCUGUCUCCCAGCUCGUCGGCGCCAUCCGCGCCGCCGGUGCCGUGCGAGUGGUCCGGCGCCGGGCUCGGCUCCGCGGCGUGCGGCCUCGCCUGCAGGGUGCUCUGCGCCGUCGCCACCUGCGUCUUCGCGGCCGUGGGGUCGCUGGUCGGGGCGGUGACGGGGUCCAUGGUGGGGCUGGCGACCGAGAGCGGGAUGCUGCGCGGCGCCGGCAUCGGGGCCAUCUCCGGCGCCGUCUUCUCCAUCGAGGUCGCCGAGUCGUCCCGCGACCUCUGGCACUCGGGCGACUCCGGCGUCUGGACCCUCCUCUACAUGGUGGACAUCAUCUCCAGUCUCUUGAGCGGCAGGCUGGUCCGGGAGAAGGUGGGGCCGGCUGUUCAGAGCGCCGUGCAGAGCCAGAUCAGCGCCAUCAGCUCGCCGUUCGAGGAGACGAGCGACCUGUUCGAGACCGGCAGCGUGAGGGGCCUCCCCGAGGCCGCGGUGCGCCGGCUGCCGGUGACGGUGGUCGCGGAGGACGGCGCCGUGGACGCGGCGGGCCAGGCGCUGUGCUGCUCGGUGUGCCUGCAGGACUUCCGGGUGGGCGACCGCGCGCGGAGGCUGCCCGGUUGCCGCCACCUGUUCCACGUGCCCUGCAUCGACUGCUGGCUCCUCAGGCACGGCUCCUGCCCGCUGUGCCGGCGAGACAUCUGAAACUCGGUCGUCUGCUCUGUGAACCGCCACCCACGUCGCCGGAAACGUGGUGUAGUGUUGCUGCUUUGGACGAGAUGGUCAGUUAGUUGAGUAGGGUUCCUACUUUGUAGGACGGCACCCUGAUGCCCGUAAGGGAAAUGGUGCGCUCUGACGCUCUGUUAACUAAAAAAGAAGAAGAGAGAAAACAGCCCCUCAGCUUCAAAGAAUCAAAAGGGGAAAAAAACCAUAAUAGUGAACAAACGUUCAACG